AGGAAACAGAGCUCGGGGCUCAACAGCUUGUUGUUCGUGUAUCGCUUUGCAACCGGAGCGAGAGGGGAAGCAGCCGCGUCCGCGUAUUGAUCCAAAAUCUUUCGAGCUGGACUCCCUCAAAUAACCGGAAAGAUGAAGGCAGCAGACGAGCCUGCCUACCUGACAGUGGGGACGGAUGUCAGUGCCAAGUACAGAGGAGCUUUCUGCGAGGCCAAGAUCAAGACUGUGAAACGCAUGGUGAAGGUCAAGGUGACUCUGAAAGGUGAGAGCACGUCCCAGGUGGUGCAGGACGACCAGAUCAAAGGACCACUGAGGGUGGGCUCCACAGUGGAGGUGAAGACUAACGAGGGUUUGUCCAGCGAGGCCGUCAUCAGUAAGCUGACGGACGCCAGCCUCUACACUGUGGUGUUUGAUGAUGGAGACGAGAAGACUCUCCGUCGUACGUCCCUGUGCCUGAAGGGAGAGAGGCAUUUUGCAGAGAGCGAGACGCUGGACCAGCUGCCGCUGACAAACCCGGAGCACUUUGGCACUCCGGUCAUCGGCAAGAAGUCGAACCGUGGCGGGCGGCGUUCGUCCCAGGCCGUGGCCGAUGAGGAGAAUGAGUCUUCGUCCAGUGAGGAGGAGGAGGAGGACAGGAGGAGGCUGAAUGAUGAGCUGCUGGGAAAAGUCUGUAGCAUUGAGAAUGAGGAGGAACCAGGCAACUGGUACCUGGCCCUGGUGGUGUCUCCCAGCUGUAACGACGAGCUGCUGGUGAAGAAGGAUCAGUGUCUGGUCAGAACCUUCAGUGACUCAAAGUUCUACACGGUGGCGAGGAGACACGUCCACGUGGUCGGCUCCAUCGGCACCGCCAAGUCUGAGUUCUCCAACAGGAGAGGUUUUGAAGCAGCCCUGAUGUUCCUGAGGAGCAGGGAGGUUCCAGAUGUCUGGAAGAUGGACAUGAGUCAGAUCCUGGACUCGUCCUCCAGUGAUGAUGAUGAGGACGACGAAGAGGAGAAGGAGAGCGACGAGGACGAGGAGGACGAAGACGAGAAGAAGAAGAAGAAACACAUAAAGGAGGAGCCGGAGGAGGAGCUGGACCCAGAGGAGAGAGACCACUUCCUGCAGCAGCUCUACAAGUUCAUGGAAGACCGAGGGACCCCCAUCAACAAGCCCCCAGUGUUGGGUUAUAAGGACCUGAACCUCUUCAAGCUCUUCAGACUGGUCUAUCACCUGGGGGGCUGCCACAAGAUCGAGUCUGGGACCGUGUGGAAGCAGGUCUACAUGGAUCUGGGGAUCCCUGUCCUCAACUCUGCUGCAUCUUAUAACGUCAAGACGGCCUACAGGAAGUACCUGUACGGCUUUGAAGAGUACUGCCGCUCUGCCUCCAUCACCUUCAGGACCAUCCAUCACAACAACCCGCGCCCUCCUCCCACUCCGGCCAAUCAGAAGCAGACCGGGGCUGGGCCUAAAGAGCACAACACCCCACCGGUGAAGGCGGAGCCCGUCGAUGACAAGAUGGAGGAGGCGGAGUCGGAGAGCGAGAGCGAGAAGGAGGAGGUGAAGGAGAGACAGUCGUCCCCGAGGGGGAGGAGGAGGUGUGUGGCGAGUCAGGUGAAGACGGACAGAGAGUCGCCCUCCGGACCAGAGAAAAGAGGAGGAGACAACACUGAGGAGCAGAGAGAGAUGAGGAGACGCAGCAACAGAAGAAUGGACGACUCAGAGAAAGGCUCUGAGGAAGAGGAGGAGGAGGAUGAUGAUGAAGACGAGGAGGAGGUGGAGAGGAGGAGAGGAGACAGGAGUGAGGGUGAGGAGGACGAAGACUCUCUGACAGGGACGAAGGUGAGGGUGAAGUACGGCAGAGGAAAGACUCAGAAGAUCUACGAGGCUCACAUCAAGAAGACGGACGUGGACAACGGAGAACAGUUCUACCUGGUCCACUACUACGGCUGGAACGUCAGGUACGACGAGUGGGUGAAGGCCGACCGGAUCAUCUGGCCGGUGGAGAAAGGAACGAAGAAGAGACAGAGGAAGAAGGUGAAGUGCUUUGAAGGUGUUCCAUCCGUGAUGGCGAGCGAGCAGUCGUCUUCGCCUUCGCUGCAGAACAAAGACAAGGACGAGCCGGAGAAGGAGCGGGACAAAGACGAAGAGAAGACGCCGCUGAUGGCAGCGAAACCUACAGGAGCGAAGCGCGGCCGUCCUCAGAUCAGGACCACGCCCACCGGCACAGCAGGACGCAGCGUCUCUAAAACACCCAGCAACGAGGGACGGUCCAAUGGCAAGAGCAGCAGGACAGAGACGGCAUCCAAUAUGGCCAACGGAGACAACACUCCUCGCAGAAGAACCCGGAGAACGUCGGGCAUGUACGACUCAGACAGAGCGUCCAACGAAGAGUCGGGGAACUCGUCGGAGGACAGCGAAUCAGAAGACCCACCCGACAAAAAGCCGUCACCCUGGCGAGGGAGGAGUGAAGCCCCGCCCUGCCAGGAGGAGGAGGAGGAAGAGGAAGAGGAAGAGGAGGAGGAGGAGGUGAAGGAGGAGGCGGAGGCGAGUGAGGUGGCAGAUGUCACAACGACUGCUAAUGAUAACGCUGUUGGCACGGCAACAGCAGGACAGCUGCCCGCCGCCACUGCACCGCCGUGUCCCAGCAUGCCUCAGGAGAAAGCUGACAAACUCCUGAGCCAAUCUGAGAAGGAGGCAGAGCAGGGGGAGGAGCCUGCAGUGGAAGCCGCCAUGCUGCCCGUUCACUCGGACAAGGAAACCAAAAUGUCGCCGCAGGACCGAGCGGCAAAGACGGCGUCCGUCCAAGAGAAAAACAAGACGUCCCCCAGACAGGAAGUGCUCGCUAAGAUGUCCCCCAGCAGGACUGAGGUGUCCUCCCCCCAGCCUUCCCCUGCUGAGGAGGAGGACAGCAGGUCUCUUUCCUCCCCCAGGGUCAAAGGUCGGCGGGCCAACCUCAGGGAGACGGGCUCUGAAACUCCUCCCAGAAUCCCCCUCUGCUCUCCCGCCCCCGCUGCCAGCCCCUCCCACACGGCGCCGCUGUCGUCUCCUCCUCGCAGCGUCCUGAAGAGACAGGACGAGCCCAUGGUGGUCCUCCACUGCCUCCCCACCCAGCACCUCCCCCCCGAGUCUCUCACCGCUGAUUCGGACACGGACUCCGCCACAGAGGAGGAGGAGGAGGAAGAGGAGGAAGAGGAGGAGGAGGAGAGGAGCAGCUCUGUGCUGAAACGGAAGGCAGCGGAGCAACGAGAAGCAGAUAAGAAGCUCCGACCUGACAGGAGGCAGGAGGAGGCCGCUUCCCCCAAAACGCCCCCCGCCCUGCCCAAGAUGGCCGCCGGAGCGUCGCCCAAAACGCUUCCCCUGUCUGUGUGCCGGGGGGAGUCAGACAGGAGGAGUGAGGGAGUGACAGAGGCAGAGGAGUGGCCCCGCCCAGCUGAGGAGACGCAGAGGGAGUUGUCAGAGGAACGUCUGACGGCCUCGGAGGAGCCAGAGAUGCGUGCCGGGACCCCUCCCCCCGCCGCCGAGGCCCCGGGCCCCGCCUCUGCCGAGGAGCUGGAGCCGCAGAUCGGCCCCGAGGCGCUGGUCUGCCACGAGGUGGACCUGGACGACCCGGACGAGAAGGAGAAACCCUCCCCCUCCCCCUCUCCAGAGCACCUCCUCCUGAUGAUGAGGGAGCCGCAGCAAGCCCCGCCUCCAAACCUCCUUCACGCCUCCCUGCCCUCCCCCCACCUGCCCCAGCCUCAGGUCCGGCCCUUCCUGCCCACCGGCGCCCCCGGCUCCGCCCCCCGCCCCGAGGAGCUCCACCCAGCCGGGAGCGCCGCCGAGGAGGAGAGGGGAGCGGCGAGGGGGGAACAGGAGGGAGACUCCAGCCCCGGGUUUGAUGGCAGCGCCUCCUCCUCCACCUCCCUGCUGUCGCUGCAGGAGACCAAGGACAGAGGUCAGAAGAGGGUGAUGGACUGUAACUCGAGCCCGACGGCCAAGAAACAGAAACGCAACCAGAAACGACCGCACACACCUGGGAAGGUCGAGAAGAACGGUGCAGGUCACAGCAGUGACAGCGAGGACCAGUCUCGUCUGUCUCUGUCUCACAAGGCGCAGAAGUCUCGCUGUCCGGCUCUGUCGUCUCCGUCCUCUCACGGCAAAGACAAACAGAACUUCUCCCCCCGUACGUACAAGUGGACCUUCCAGCUCGACGAGCUGGACAGCAUGUCGAGCACAGAGAGGAUCUCCUUCCUGCAGGAGAAGCUGCAGGAGAUCAGGAAGUACUACAUGUCCCUGAAGUCAGAGGUGGCGUCCAUCGACCGGCGCAGGAAGAGACUAAAAAAGAAAGAGAGAGAAGUGUCCAACACGACGGCGUCCACCUCGUCGGGCUCCUCGGACACAGGUAUGAGUCCGUCCUCGGCCUCGCCCACUCAGAACACCGUCGCCGUGGAGUGCAGGUGAUGACACGCCCAUCCAGGCCCCAUCCGCUCGUGCGUCACGACCUCCAGAUCGGUCCCGCCCCCUUCCGACCGCAGACUCCGCCCAAACCGUCGGCUCGGAGUGCGUGAUGGGAAAAAACUUCCCUGCGGGUUGGAGUCGUAGCUCCCACUGAUGCGGUGGCUGAUGGGAGGGGGCACUACCACCUGACCUUAGCCCCGCCCACUCACCUAUGAACUGAUUUCCUGUUUGAGAAAAAAGAGACUGAAAAAUCAGCCAUCUGUUGAGCUGCCGCAGAGUCUUUCCUUCUUUUCCUCCUUCUAUCUCCUCAUUUCAAAAUAAAGUGACAGGUAAUUUUUAAGGGAUGGGGGGUCAGAGGUCACCGGUUUAGUGAAUUUCCUUUAAGGUCGAACAGGAACAGGAAGCAGAUUCCUGAAGCAGCACAGCUCGUUAUGCAAAGUUUUUCUGUCAUUUUCAUUAAUUCAGAUUUUUUUUUUUUUUUAAUUAAAGAAGUUUCCUGACUUCCUGCUGUGAGUGUUUUUGGCCUUUUAUAUGGAAUCAGAGCUUUUAUUUUGGUAAAAACUAAAAAAAAAAACCCAAAAAGUUUGGUGUCACAGCGGGAGAAAGAUGAAAUGUUUGUGGAGGUGAACACUUUGGUUUAAAAUAAUCAGUUAUAUUUAUUCAGUUCGUGACCGCAGAAGAUUUUUAAUGUUCGUAUGGAGGAUCGUUGCUGCCAGAAGAGACGAGCGUACUGAUGAAAAACUCACGGCUCUUCAAAGUGAUCAGAAACUAAAUUUACUGAUCUGCACAUCUGAUCAUUUUCAUUUAGAACUUAAUGUCUAAUUUUGAAUCAGUGAGUUGAAAUUAUAAGUUCUGUUAAAUAAAUUGGAUUGACUUUGUGACUCAAAGAGAAUUUAAUUUUAAAGUUUAAAGUUUGGUUUCUCAGUUUUGACGUACUGUGAUUUAAUUUGUUUGGAAUAAUGAUUUUGACUUUAUCGUCAGUUUUCUUCUUCUCUGGCUGAUUUGAUCUUCCAUACGUUCGCUCCCGGAGGACCUCUGCCGCUCCACUUCCUGUUCCUCCCUGAUUCUUCUUCUGUGGUUUCCUCUAUGUGUGGCUGCGACAGACGGCUGUUUUCAGCUCCGGAACAUUUCUUUGUUUUGUACAUAAAAGUUCUGAGUAAAGAAAAUAAAACCACGCCAUGUAUUUGAGAACUACAUUUUACACGCCUGUAAAGAAUGAUUUCUAAUAUUUUUUAAGAGAAGACUGUUUGUACUGUUGUAUUCUGAACCCCCGCUCGUUUUUUUUCUAUGUGGCGUUUUAUUAGCGACACUGUAAAUAAACACACACUUCCUCCUGACAACAGAAGCCAUGUUGGACAAUAAACAGCUCUCUGUUUCUAAUAAAGUUUUUAAAUACG